CAUUUUGCCGUUUUCUCUCAUAUUUAGACGAACCCUCCUUUCUUGUUGUCUUCCCAUGUGAGUGACUUGAGCUCUCUCUCUCUCAGCUCCUCUCUGCCCAUCCCUUCCCCAUCAACCAAAUCAUAAUCAAAUAAGUUUCAGUAUUCCCUUAAAAAUUCUUGGGGUGCUUUUUCUUGACAUUGACAUUGAAAUUCUAUGGGGCUCAAAAAGCAGCACACCCAGAUAGAGCUGAAGCAUUCUGAAGGCUUGAGAAAAGGGUAAUGGGGAGCUUGAGUCGUUUCAAUUACAAGAGAUAUAAUGAGGGACUUUCCUUCUUGUUUUGGUGAAAAUGGUGUUCAAGUUGCUGAUUUUUCGUCAUCCUCAUCAUCAAGAGCUGCAAAACCUGCUCAUCAGAACUUGGUCUCUUGUGUUUAUCAGUGUAAAUUGCGAGGGCGUGUGUGUUUGAUUACAGUUACAUGGACCAAGAAUUUGAUGGGUCAGGGUCUAAGCGUGGAGAUUGAUGAUGCAGCCAAUUUUUGCCUCUGUAAGGUGGAUAUAAAGCCAUGGUUGUUCUCAAAGAGAAAAGGGUGCAGAAAUCUGGAGGUGAAUAAUAGUAAAAUCGACAUCUUUUGGGAUUUAACCAAUGCUAAAUUUGGUUCUGGGCCUGAGCCAUUAGAGAAGUUCUACUUGGCUGUCAUGUUCAACCAAGAAAUGGUUCUUCAUCUUGGAGAUUUGAAUAGAGAGGUUCUUGGUUCAAAAGACCCAAGUCAUGGCUCCAAUGCUGUCAUUGUUGCUAAAAGGGAACACAUUUUUGGGAAGAAACUUUAUGGUGCAAAGGCUCAGUUUUGUGACAGGGGGAAAAUCCAUGAUGUCACAAUUGAGUGUGAGACUGUUGGCCUGAAUGAACCUUAUCUGGUGAUAUGUGUUGACAGUAAGAUUGUGAUGAAGGUGAAGAAGCUGAACUGGAAGUUCAGGGGAAACCAUACUAUUGUGGUUGAUGGGUUGAGAAUUGAAGUGUUCUGGGAUGUGCACAAUUGGCUGUUUGGGAAUUCUAUGGGAAAUGCAGUGUUCAUGUUUCAAACUUGCCUCAGUAACAAUGUUUAUAAGCUAUGGAGUACUGGUAGUGGUACUAGCGACUCAUUUUUGGAUUCGUCAUCUGUGUUAACUUGGUCUUCGUCUUCCUCCUCUCGGCAAUUAAAAGAGAGCAACAACCAGUUGCAGGGUCUUGGUUUCUCACUGGUUUUGCAUGCCUGGAAGAAUGAAUAGAAUACUACUUCAAAGAGUGAUGUGUUUAAUUGUAAGAAAAGUAAUUUUGGCGAUGAACACAGUAAUUUUGCUGGUUGUAUUGGUUUCUUAUAUAAAUAUAAAUCAGAGCUCUCUCGUUUUCUUCUU